AGAGCGGCGGCGGCGCUCGGGCAGGACAGGCUUUGGGCACGGCGGCGGAAGCAGCAGCAGGAGGUAACGGCGGCCUCCGGCCCCGCAUAGGGAGGGCGUUGAAGGAGGGCGGCGAGCGGGCAGCCGAGGCCGCCGUCAUCAUCGCCGGACCCGACGUUCAGGCGGGAGCGUUACGUUCAGGACAGGGCGCUGAGGCGCCGCUGAGGGGGCGCUGAGGGGAGGGGGCGGCUCCACGCGGUUGGGGUAACGGCGGCGCUGGCGGAGGGAUGGAUGAUGGAUGGAUGAUGGGUGGGUGGGCAGAUGGGUGCCCGCAGCGCUCCGCCCGCCCGGGCUGAGUCAGCCGUCGGCGCCACGGCCACGUGCUGGGGCCCCGCUCGGCUCUUCCCGAGGCUCCCGGCUCUCCCAGCCCCGAGGUCCCAUUCAUCCCCGCGUGGCCGCCCACCCCCUCCCCCCGCCCCGCCGCGGGCCCUGAAGCGCUCGGGGUGCGUGAAUGGGCCUUUUGUUGGCGGACGGCGGCCGCCCGUCGGGGCGGCGAGGCGGCGUGCAGAGCCCGCUUCGUGCCGCUCCGGGUCGCACAGCGCUCUGUGGGGAGCGGGUGGUGCGCGGGGCCGGGUUCCGGCACCCUCCUCCUCCAGAGACGGCUCCAGAGCACGCGCUGGCACCGGGCCGUUGUGUGUGUGUGGGGGGGGUUACCGGAGAACCGCACCCCAACGCGGGGCCGAAAUCGCCGCCGUCAGUACGCGGCUCCACCCCGUUCCCGGAGCAACGCUCGGACAGCUGCGAGCCGUGGAGGAGCGGCCGCGCCCGCGCACCUCGCCGUGCCCCGGGGCUGAGCGCCGCGACCACGUGCUGCCCUGUGCGGGCCGGGGGGUGGGGGCGGGGCGGGGCGCCGCGCUGUGCGGUCCCGCACGUACGGCAUGGACUGCUGCGGGGGCUUCCUGGGGUACGGCUCCAGAGCGCCGAGCUCUGAUUGCUGCCGUUGUGCAGCGAAGCUGUCUGACCUGUGCCGGCGCAGCCCGCAGCGCGGUGAGGCUGGAAGGUGUGCACGCUUCAACUGUACUCUCUCGAUAAGUUUGCCGUCUGUUCUUUAAUCGAAGCCUGCUCCGUGCCCUUGUCCUCCGAGAAGGGCAGACGCAGCAUAGCAACACGUAGUGAAGGUGCCCAACGCUCAUCCUCCGCCUGCAGGCUCAGUGGCCCAUCCCGGCCGGCCCCACGAGGGCUGACGUUGGGAGGCCAUCUUGCAGUUGCAUAAGGCUGCGGCGCAACCUCCCUCCCGCAGUAGGAGUCAUCCUUCCCCCCCCCCCCCCCCCCCCACCCCCUCCCUGCAAGGGGGGUUGCCGUGUUGGCAGCCUGCCGUGCGCCCAGCUCCAUGGCUGUGGGGUGGGGAUGGCGGUGGGGCUGUGCCUCCUUCCUGCCCCGGGGUACAGCUGGAAUGCCUCAGCUAGAGGUUCCGUACUGCAACUCACACUGAGUCACCCCGCUGCCCUGCAACGGUCCUGCCUUUCUGGAACGUUCAGCGGCCAAGGGAGGAACCGGCCAUCUUGAGCGUGCCCUGCCUGAAAUGGGGUGAUACCUUGGGGGGAUUUAAGAGUUACGCCCCGAGAAAGGAAAGCAGCUUUGUGCAGGGAAUCAGGCUUUGCAAGCUGCAGGGGAAGACUGGCAAUGAAGAGAAGCUAUGAAGGGAACUUCUGCAUAGAAGGCAGACACCGAACUCCAGUAACCAUGUCGAAGCACCACGAUGCAGGGACCGCUUUCAUCCAGACCCAGCAGCUGCACGCUGCCAUGGCAGACACCUUUCUGGAGCACAUGUGCCGCCUGGACAUCGACUCCGAGCCAACCAUUGCCAGAAACACCGGCAUCAUCUGCACCAUCGGCCCAGCCUCCCGCUCUGUGGACAAGCUGAAGGAAAUGAUUAAAUCUGGAAUGAAUGUUGCCCGCCUCAACUUCUCGCACGGCACCCACGAGUAUCAUGAGGGCACAAUUAAGAACGUGCGAGAGGCCACAGAGAGCUUUGCCUCUGACCCGAUCACCUACAGACCUGUGGCUAUUGCACUGGACACCAAGGGACCUGAAAUCCGAACUGGACUCAUCAAGGGAAGUGGCACAGCAGAGGUGGAGCUCAAGAAGGGCGCAGCUCUCAAAGUGACGCUGGACAAUGCCUUCAUGGAGAACUGCGAUGAGAAUGUGCUGUGGGUGGACUACAAGAACCUCAUCAAAGUUAUAGAUGUGGGCAGCAAAAUCUAUGUGGAUGACGGUCUCAUUUCCUUGCUGGUUAAGGAGAAAGGCAAGGACUUUGUCAUGACUGAGGUUGAGAACGGUGGCAUGCUUGGUAGUAAGAAGGGAGUGAACCUCCCAGGUGCUGCGGUCGACCUGCCUGCAGUCUCAGAGAAGGACAUUCAGGACCUGAAAUUUGGCGUGGAGCAGAAUGUGGACAUGGUGUUCGCUUCCUUCAUCCGCAAAGCUGCUGAUGUCCAUGCUGUCAGGAAGGUGCUAGGGGAAAAGGGAAAGCACAUCAAGAUUAUCAGCAAGAUUGAGAAUCACGAGGGUGUGCGCAGGUUUGAUGAGAUCAUGGAGGCCAGCGAUGGCAUUAUGGUGGCCCGUGGUGACCUGGGUAUUGAGAUCCCUGCUGAAAAAGUCUUCCUCGCACAGAAGAUGAUGAUUGGGCGCUGCAACAGGGCUGGCAAACCCAUCAUUUGUGCCACUCAGAUGUUGGAAAGCAUGAUCAAGAAACCUCGCCCGACCCGCGCUGAGGGCAGUGAUGUUGCCAAUGCAGUUCUGGAUGGAGCAGACUGCAUCAUGCUGUCUGGGGAGACCGCCAAGGGAGACUACCCACUGGAGGCUGUGCGCAUGCAGCACGCUAUUGCUCGUGAGGCUGAGGCCGCAAUGUUCCAUCGUCAGCAGUUUGAAGAAAUCUUACGCCACAGUGUACACCACAGGGAGCCUGCUGAUGCCAUGGCAGCAGGCGCGGUGGAGGCCUCCUUUAAGUGCUUAGCAGCAGCUCUGAUAGUUAUGACCGAGUCUGGCAGGUCUGCACACCUGGUGUCCCGGUACCGCCCGCGGGCUCCCAUCAUCGCCGUCACCCGCAAUGACCAAACAGCACGCCAGGCACACCUGUACCGCGGCGUCUUCCCCGUGCUGUGCAAGCAGCCGGCCCACGAUGCCUGGGCAGAGGAUGUGGAUCUCCGUGUGAACCUGGGCAUGAAUGUCGGCAAAGCCCGUGGAUUCUUCAAGACCGGGGACCUGGUGAUCGUGCUGACGGGCUGGCGCCCCGGCUCCGGCUACACCAACACCAUGCGGGUGGUGCCCGUGCCAUGAGCUGCCGGCGCCCCCGCCUCUUCCACCCCCGCGCCCCUUCCCCAUGCAUUAGGCCAGCAGUCGCUUGCGAUGUUCUCCUCGUCCCUAGCGUGGAUUUAGGUUGCUCAACACCACCGAGUGCAGCAGCGGGGGAAGAGACCUUAAAUCACUCAGAAUACUUGAAGUGUGUAGUUGUUUCCAGACCUCUCUCCCUGUAGUUAGCCAUGUCAGAGCGGGGCCCUGUGCUCCCCACGUCCCCCUAGCUUAGCACUGCCCUCAGGGUGUGGCUGUGCCUCUCCUUGCCCCGGCUGUGGGGUGAUGGGGAAGGAGUGGGCGCUUAUGGUAACGGUUCUGCUGCUGCACACCGCAGCUCCCCCAGGUUGGUGCCCUCUGUCCAUGAGGGGUUAUAGGUUGUCCCCUCUGGGCUUACACUCCAAAGGUGUGCUCCACGGUUCCUACAAGAAUCCCAAACCAGGGUGCUGCUCGUUGUCCCCCUGGGUGCAGGUGGAGUCCUGCGGGUUGUUGGGGUGCAGGAUGGGUGGGGGACGCACGCUUCAUCUCCAUGCAGCCACCUGCCCUUCUAUGGUGUCUGUCUGUGUUGUCGCCUUUCCUGAGAGCGUUCCUUUUGUCUGGGCGCCCUGUUUGCUCCGGUGGGUGUAUUGGGUUGUGGAGCACCACUGUGCACGUCAAUAAAGAGCUGAGCACCCCUG